AUGGGGCAGACCAAUGUAACCUUCUGGAGGGGUUUUGUCUUCCUGGGCUUCUCCAGUUUUGGGGGGCUGCAACUCCUGCUUUUUGUCGUGUUCCUCUCUCUGUAUCUCAUCACCCUGACCAGCAAUGUCUUCGUCAUUGUAGUCAUCAGGCUGGAUAGUCAUCUGCACACUCCCAUGUACCUCUUCCUUUCCUUCUUAUCUUUCUCUGAGACCUGCUACACUUUGGGCAUCAUCCCUAGGAUGCUCUGUGGCCUUGCUGUGAGGGGCCAGACUAUCUCCUAUGUGGGCUGCGCUGUCCAGAUGUUCUUCUCUGCCUCAUGGGCCUGCACCAACUGCUUCCUUCUGGCUGUCAUGGGCUUUGACAGAUAUGUGGCCAUCUGUGCCCCACUGCACUAUGCCAGUCGCAUGAAUCCUACCCUGUGUGCCCAGCUGAUUGGUACCUCCUUCCUGAGUGGAUACUUCUUUGGGCUUGGAAUGACACUGGUCAUUUUCUGCCUCUCAUUAUGCAGCUCCCAUGAGAUCCAGCACUUUUUCUGUGACCCCCCAGUGCUGAUCCUAGCUUGUGGAGAUACACGACUGAGUGAUCUGGGGAUCCUCAUUCUCAGCCUGAUGGUCCUCUUGGUUUCCUUCUUCUUCAUCACUAUCUCCUACACCUACAUCCUGGCAGCAAUCCUGAGGAUCCCCUCUGCUGAGGGGCAGAAAAAGGCCUUCUCCACCUGUGCCUCACAUCUCACAGUGGUCAUUAUUCACUAUUGUUGUGCCUCCUUCAUGUACUUGAGGCCCAAAGCCAGCUACUCUCUUGAGAGGGAUCAGCUUAUUGCUGUCACCUAUACUGUGGUGACCCCUCUCCUGAACCUCAUUGUAUAUAGUUUAAGGAACCGGGCUGUGCAGACAGCUCUGAGAAAUGCUUUCUGAGGGAGCUGGCUGGGUAAAGGAUGA